UGUCAGUGGUCUAGGAUGGCCAGUGAAGGCACCAACAUCCCAAGUCCUGUGGUGCGCCAGAUUGACAAGCAGUUUCUGAUUUGCAGUAUAUGCCUGGAACGGUACAAGAAUCCCAAGGUUCUCCCCUGUCUGCACACUUUCUGCGAGAGGUGCCUGCAGAACUACAUUCCUGCCCACAGUUUAACCCUCUCCUGCCCAGUGUGCCGCCAGACCUCCAUCCUGCCCGAGAAAGGGGUGGCCGCGCUCCAGAACAACUUCUUCAUCACAAACCUGAUGGACGUGCUGCAGCGAACUCCAGGCAGCAACGCUGAGGAGUCUUCCAUCCUGGAGACAGUCACUGCUGUGGCUGCAGGAAAGCCUCUCUCUUGCCCAAACCAUGAUGGGAAUGAACCUCCAUACCAUCAGGUGAUGGAAUUUUACUGCCAGUCCUGUGAGACUGCCAUGUGUCGGGAGUGCACUGAGGGGGAACACGCAGAGCACCCCACUGUCCCGCUAAAGGAUGUGGUGGAGCAGCACAAGGCCUCACUCCAGGUCCAGCUGGAUGCUGUCAACAAAAGGCUCCCAGAAAUAGAUUCUGCUCUUCAGUUCAUCUCGGAAAUCAUUCAUCAGUUAACCAACCAAAAGGCCAGCAUCGUGGAUGACAUCCACUCCACCUUUGAUGAGCUCCAGAAGACUUUAAACGUGCGCAAGAGUGUGCUGCUUAUGGAACUGGAGGUCAACUACGGCCUCAAACACAAAGUCCUCCAGACGCAGCUGGAUACUCUGCUCCAGGGGCAGGAGAGCAUAAAGAGCUGCAGCAACUUCACGGCGCAAGCCCUGAACCACGGCACGGAAACCGAGGUGCUGCUGGUGAAGAAGCAGAUGAGCGAGAAGCUGAACGAGCUGGCCGACCGAGACUUCCCCUUACACCCGCGUGAGAAUGACCAGCUGGAUUUCAUCGUGGAAACAGAAGGGCUGAAGAAGUCCAUCCACAACCUCGGGACCAUUUUAACCACCAACGCCGUCGCCUCCGAGACGGUGGCCACGGGCGAGGGGCUGCGGCAGACCAUCAUAGGGCAGCCCAUGUCCGUCACCAUAACAACCAAGGACAAAGACGGCGAGCUGUGCAAAACCGGCAAUGCCUACAUCACCGCGGAACUGAGUACCCCCGACGGGAGCGUGGCGGACGGGGAGAUCCUAGACAACAAAAACGGCACCUAUGAAUUUUUGUACACCGUCCAGAAAGAAGGGGACUUUACCCUCUCCCUGAGACUCUAUGACCAGCACAUCCGAGGUAGCCCAUUUAAGCUGAAAGUGAUCCGGUCGGCUGACGUCUCCCCCACCACCGAAGGCGUCAAGAGGCGCGUGAAAUCCCCGGGAAGCGGCCACGUCAAGCAGAAAGCAGUGAAAAGACCCGCGAGCAUGUACAGCACUGGAAAACGAAAAGAGAACCCCAUCGAAGACGAUCUGAUCUUCCGCGUGGGUACCAAAGGAAGAAAUAAAGGAGAGUUUACAAAUCUUCAGGGGGUAGCUGCAUCUACAAGUGGAAAGAUACUAAUUGCAGACAGUAACAACCAAUGUGUACAGGUAUUUUCCAAUGAUGGCCAGUUCAAAAGUCGUUUUGGCAUACGAGGACGCUCUCCUGGGCAGCUGCAGCGGCCCACAGGAGUAGCUGUACAUCCCAGUGGGGACAUAAUCAUUGCAGAUUAUGAUAAUAAGUGGGUUAGCAUUUUCUCUUCAGAUGGGAAAUUUAAGACGAAAAUUGGAUCAGGAAAGCUGAUGGGGCCCAAAGGAGUUUCUGUGGACCGCAAUGGGCACAUUAUUGUGGUAGACAACAAGGCGUGCUGCGUGUUUAUCUUCCAGCCCAAUGGGAAAAUAGUCACCAGGUUUGGUAGCCGAGGAAAUGGGGACAGGCAGUUUGCAGGUCCCCAUUUUGCAGCCGUAAAUAGCAAUAAUGAGAUUAUUGUUACAGAUUUCCAUAAUCAUUCUGUCAAGGUGUUUAAUCAGGAAGGAGAAUUCAUGUUGAAGUUUGGCUCAAAUGGAGAAGGAAAUGGGCAGUUUAAUGCCCCAACAGGUGUAGCAGUGGACUCAAAUGGAAACAUCAUUGUGGCAGACUGGGGAAACAGCAGGAUCCAGGUUUUUGAUGGGAGUGGAUCAUUUUUAUCCUACAUUAACACAUCUGCCGACCCACUCUAUGGACCCCAAGGCCUGGCCCUAACUUCAGAUGGUCAUGUUGUGGUUGCAGACUCUGGAAAUCACUGUUUCAAGGUCUAUCGAUACUUACAGUAA